UUUGCUUCUCUUACUAGAUAUGUUACUUACUUCUCUCUCUAAAAAGAAGGGUUCUCACUUGGUCGUCGGAGUGCUAACGGACCAAGUCGGUCCGCUAGGCGCUUGUGUGUGCAGGAAGGCGAAAGGAGAGAAGCACGUGGGAGAUCGGAGUGCGAAAUGUAGAAAGAAGGCUUCUGGGCAUAAACAGGUUCCAACUUCCAACCAUCUUUUCCAUCACCAGAUCCCAGAAGAAGCGGCACGAGUCGCCAACAGGAAGCACGGUAGUCCGCCCGCAGUCGUCGGAUGGGGUCCACGCGCAGUCGUCGGAAGGGGUCCGCACGCCGUCGUCGGCCGAGUGUCUGGUAAGUCGAUGAGGGGAGGACGAUGCCGACGUUCUGGGAGUUAUUUUGGGGUUGGAUCGUCUCGUGAGGAUUUGUGGUGGUCAGCGGGGAUCCCUGACGGAGGGAGGAAGUUAUUAGUCAGGUUUUGAUUGUGAGGGUGAUAAUCGUGAAGGGAAGACAAAAAUGUCUUUUACUUAAAAUUUAUGGGCGGCAAUUUGUAAUUCUAUGAACGGCAAAUAAUAAUCAUCUACUUUAAAGCCUCAAUACUCCAAGUUGUACUUCAAUAAAUUUCACCAUUCGCUGAGAGCCAGGCAGCCAGAUACUGUAUGUUUCACCCUGAGAUCUAUUUAUGCGUUUCCUUGCUCUAAUUUCUUCCAUCGGAUUAAAUUUGAACUGCCCCAGUUUGUAAAAGAGGACAAACAACAACCAUCCUAUAGAUUGAGUGCUGAAUGGGUGGGCACUGGGCACUGGGCACUGGGCAGUCGCUUUUUUCUUAUUAAGGAGGUCGGUGAUAUAAUUCCCACCACAACUGUAUCUUUUUUCUUCUUCUUCCGUUGAAUACAUCCACAAACGAAAAGUUGAAACCACCAACUCAAACUCCGUCACUGUCACUUCGCAGCUCACCACAUAGGGAUUACAAACACAUUUAGUGCUCGGAUUAUAUCUUGUUGUAAAAAAAAACAUACUGAUCAAUGCUACUUCAAAAAAUUGUAACAAGAUGAAGUUGCCGCAAAUGUUAAUUUUAAUAGAUUAAUAGAAUGAUUCUUCAUUUUAAUAAAAUUUAAUAGAUUAAUAGAAUGAAAUUGCCGCAAUUUUUUUAAGAUGCGGUUUUGAUUUAGUCAUUUGCGGGCAAAUAUUUAAAUGGAAGAGAAAAGAUAAUAACCGCUACAAUUACAGUUUCUUUGUACUCGGAUUCCCGAUUGAAAUCCAGCAACAAUGUAGUAGUGUUUAUAAUAGGUUAUCUAAUCUAUUAUAAUCAUAUUGGUAAAUAAUUAGGUAUACGAUCUGUCAUGUAAAAUAAUCUGCAUUUGAAAUAGUUCGAGUGAUGUCCUUAAGAUAAGAUAAAUAAUUACAUUGCUCCUAAUUAUACUAUAUAAAAUUAGGCAUUGUCCAAUAAGACAACAAUAAGGUUUGCUAUAGAAAAUGUCAUGGUUACUAAAUGUUAAACUCCUAUAAUGUAAAUAUUGUGAUAAUCAAAUGUUAAACUCCUAAAUAAUAUGCAUUUGAGAUUGAUGCACUAACAAAAUAUUUUUAGGUAAUCAUAAUGUAUGAUAUAUUGGCUUCCACAAUUAACAAAUUAACCGACCUGAUUAAACAUUAACUUGGUUAAUUUAAUUUUUAUAUUAAUUUAGUCGGUUUGGUUAUGAUAUUGUAUUUCAUAAUUAAUAGAAUUUGACUUAAUUAAUUUGAUAAUUAUCAUCGUAACCUCUUUCGCCUCCUCCGUCUUCUCUGUUCACCCCCUUUCUUCGUCUCUGUUCAACUCGUAGCUACUUUGUUGUCCAGUAACUCUCGAGUUUAGCUGAUUUUUAGGGAUUCAAAUCUCUGAUCUCGAUAACGGCAGGGACGUCAUUGUUGGUGGCGUCGGGGAAGAUGAAUAGAACGAGAAACGAGAGGAAGAUCUAAGAGCUCAUGGUGGAGUGGAUCUCCCUCCGGUCAUCGUCAGCAAGUGCGUUGACUCGGCUAGAUCUGGUGUUUUCUUAUAUUGACGAGGACGUAAUUUGGGCGUCGGAUAGCUGGAGGGCAGGAUGUGCGAGGUGGACUUAUUGGAGAAACGAUAAUGAAUGAACCAGAGGUGC